AGGAAACUACAGGAAAGAGUUUAAUGUAAUGUGUUUCUUUCUUGAACUCUUGUAGAACUCAUAGUUUGGGAAAAUGUCAUUUCCUCAUGAUUUUGUAAUCAAAUUAAUUUUCUUGCACCCUAGAACUGUAUGUUGCUUGGAGGACGUAAGAAUACAGAUGUUCCAUUGGAAGUAUAUCUAGUAACACCAAUACAGAGAAUAUGCAAGUAUCCCCUCCUUUUGAAGGAGUUAUUGAAGCGGACGCCAAAGAAACACAGUGACUACACAGUAUUAAUGGAAGCUCUGCAAGCCAUGAAAGCUGUCUGUUCCAAUAUAAAUGAGGCUAAGAGACAAAUGGAAAAAUUAGAGGUUUUGGAAGAAUGGCAGUCUCACAUUGAAGGAUGGGAGGGGUCCAACAUCACAGAUUCAUGCACGGAAAUGCUAAUGUAUGGAGUUUUGCUGAAAAUUUCUGCAGGAAAUAUCCAGGAGCGGGUAUUUUUUCUUUUUGACAAUCUUUUGGUCUACUGUAAACGAAAACACAGACGAUUGAAGAACAGCAAAGCAUCUACUGAUGGCCAUCGGUAUCUUUUUCGAGGCAGAAUAAACACAGAGGUAAUGGAAGUGGAGAACGUAGAUGAUGGCACAGCUGACUUUCAUAGCAGUGGCCACAUUGUUGUUAAUGGCUGGAAAAUCCACAACACAGCAAAGAACAAAUGGUUUGUAUGCAUGGCAAAAACUUCUGAAGAGAAGCAAGAAUGGCUGGAAGCUAUUCUAAAAGAGAGAGAGAGAAGGAAAGGUUUAAAAUUGGGUAUGGAACAAGACACUUGGGUGAUGAUCUCUGAGCAGGGAGAGAAACUCUACAAAAUGAUGUGCAAACAAGGGAACCUAAUCAAAGACAGGAAAAGAAAACUAACUACUUUCCCCAAAUGUUUUCUGGGAAGUGAGUUUGUGUCCUGGUUAUUGGAAACUGGAGAAAUACACAAAUCUGAAGAAGGUGUUCAUCUUGGCCAAGCGUUGUUAGAGAAUGGCAUUAUCCACCAUGUUACAGAUAAGCACCAGUUCAAACCUGAACACAUGCUCUACAGGUUCCGUUAUGAUGAUGGAACAUACUAUCCAAGAAGUGAAAUGCAGGAUGUGAUUUCCAAGGGUGUAAGAUUGUACUGUCGUCUUCACAGUCUGUUUACUCCAGUGAUAAGGGAUAAAGAUUAUCAUCUGAGGACAUAUAAAUCUGUAGUCAUGGCUAACAAACUGAUAGACUGGCUAAUUGCACAGGGGGAUUGUCGGACCAGGGAAGAAGCAAUGAUCUUUGGUGUAGGACUAUGUGACAAUGGGUUUAUGCACCAUGUCUUAGAAAAAAGUGAAUUUAAAGAUGAGCCACUUCUUUUUCGCUUUUUUGCGGAUGAAGAAAUGGAAGGAUCAAAUAUGAAGCACAGGCUUAUGAAACAUGAUUUAAAAGUAGUGGAAAAUGUCAUAGCCAAGUCACUAUUGAUUAAAUCUAAUGAAGGCAGCUAUGGUUUUGGUUUAGAAGACAAAAACAAAUUACCAAUUAUUAAAUUAGUGGAGAAGGGGUCAAAUGCUGAGAUGGCAGGCCUGGAAGUUGGGAAGAAGAUAUUUGCCAUUAAUGGUGACCUAGUUUUUCUGAGACCCUUCAACGAAGUGGAUUGCUUCCUGAAAGCAUGCUUAAACAGCAGAAGGCCCCUCAGGGUACUUGUGAGCACAAAACCAAGGGAGACAGUGAAGAUCCCUGACUCUGCAGAUGGGCUUGGAUUCCAAAUCCGGGGCUUUGGUCCAUCGGUUGUCCAUGCUGUUGGAAGAGGAACUGUGGCAGCUGCAGCAGGUCUCCACCCUGGACAGUGCAUAAUUAAAGUGAAUGGAAUUAACGUCAGCAAAGAGACUCAUGCAAGUGUUAUCGCCCACGUCACAGCCUGCAGGAAAUACAAGCGUCCAAUGCAGCAAGAUUCCAUACAGUGGGUAUAUAACAGUAUAGAGAGUGCACAGGAAGACCUUCAGAAAGCGAACUCUAAACCCCCUGGAGAUGAGGGAGGAGAUGCCUUUGACUGCAAAGUGGAAGAAGUAAUUGACAAGUUUAACACAAUGGCAAUAAUUGAUGGGAGGAAGGAUCAUGUGAGUCUCACUGUUGAUAAUGUUCAUCUGGAAUAUGGAGUGGUUUAUGAGUAUGACAGUACGGCUGGAAUAAAAUGCCAUGUGGUGGAGAAAAUGAUUGAACCAAAGGGCUUUUUCAGCUUGACUGCAAAGAUUCUUGAAGCACUGGCUAAAAGUGAUGAGCAUUUUGUGCAAAACUGCAACAGCCUGAAUUCUUUAAAUGAAGUAAUCCCCACUGACCUCCAAAGUAGAUUCAGUGUAAUUUGCAGCGAGAAAAUUGAGCAUAUCUACCGAAGAAUCUCUAGUUAUAAAAAGUUUUCACGAGUGUUAAAAAAUAGAGCAUGGCCUACCUUUAAACAGGCCAAGUCAAAGAUCUCACCACUUCACAGCAGCGAUUUCUGUCCAACCAACUGCCAUAUCAAUGUAAUGGAAGUCUCUUAUCCUAAAACCUCAACUUCUCUUGGUAGUGCCUUUGGUGUGCAGCUAGACAGCAGAAAGCAUUCUUCACAUGAGAAAGAAAACAAAAAUAGUGAGCAAGGUAAACUGGGUCCCAUGGUUUACAUACAACAUACCAUUACCACCAUGGCAGCCCCUUCAGGACAUUCCCUAGGUCAACAGGAAGGCCAUGGUCUGAGAUAUCUGUUAAAGGAAGAGGACUUAGAAACACAAGAUGUCUAUCAGAAAUUGUUGGGCAAAUUGCAAACUGCACUGAAAGAGGUGGAAACGUGUGUCUCUCAGAUAGAUGACCUUCUCUCUUCAAUAACCUAUUCUCCCAAAUCAGAACGUAAAACACCUGAGCCCUUAAUACCAGCAGAGAGUGACAAUGAAAAGGGAGAAAGGAAUGGGAAAAGGGUCUGUUUCAAUGUAGCAGGUGAUGAGCAGGAAGAUUCUGGUCAUGACACCAUCAGCAACAGAGAUUCAUACAGUGAUUGCAAUAGCAACAGGAACUCCAUUGCCUCAUUUACCAGCAUUUGCAGUAGCCAGUGCAGUUCUUACUUUCACAGUGAUGAAAUGGACUCAGGUGAUGAACUUCCCUUAAGUGUUCGCAUUUCUCAUGAUAAACAGGACAAACUUCAUAGCUGUUUGGAGCAUCUUUUUGGUCAGGUAGACUCAAUUGUCAAUCUUCUGAAAGGACCAGCUGUAAUGAGGGCCUUUGAACAAACCAAGUUCUUCACGCCAGGUCGAGGCCUGCAAGCAUUUCAGCAGGAAAUGGAACCUAAGCUUAGCUGUCCAAAGAGAUUACGACUUCACAUCAAGCAAGACCCUUGGAACCUUCCCAGCAGUGUCCAAAAUCUUGCACAGAAUAUCAGAAAAUUUGUUGAAGAGGUGAAGACAAGGAUACUUUUGGCACUCCUUGAAUAUACAGAUAGUGAGAUACAGCUCAGACGAGACAUGGUCUUCUGCCAAAGUCUGGUGGCCACAGUCUGUGCUUUUUCAGAGCAACUAAUGGCUGCCUUAAAUCAGAUGUUUGACAACAGCAAAGAGUAUGAAAUGGAGACUGGAGAGGCCAGCAGAAGGUGGUUGGAACAGAUAGCUAAUGCAGGUGUCCUCCUUCACUUCCAGUCAUUGUUGUCACCUAACCUGACUGAUGAACAAGCCAUGCUAGAAGAUACAUUGGUUGCUUUGUUUGACCUGGAAAAAGUUACUUUUUAUUUUAGACAGUCAGAACUAGAACAACUAGUCGCAAAUGUUCCAAUCACAUAUCAAGCAGAAGGAAGCCGGCAAGCUUUGAAGGUUUACUUUUAUCUUGAUAGUUACCAUUUUGAGCAGCUUCCUCAAAAGCUGAAGAAUGGAGGAGGGUUUAAAAUCCACCCAGUACUUUUUGCACAAGCACUGGAGAGCAUGGAAGGAUAUUAUUACAGAGACAAUGUGUCCGUAGAAGAAUUUCAAGCCCAGAUUAAUGCAGCGUCACUGGAAAAGGUCAAACAGUAUAACCAGAAACUCAGAACAGGAUUUAACAGCCCAUGCAGUUUUCCUGGAAGCUCAAUACCAGCGUGUCAACAAAAAAAGAAAAAUAAACAUGGGUAUUUGCUUCAACUGCAACCAAGAGAUAUGCACAUGCACUGUACAGUGUGCAUAAAAAGAUCACAAGAUGGUGCAUUCUAGUGACCACAAGAUGGUGUAUUCCAUGAGGAAAUAACAUCCAGUGGAAUUUUUCAUACAGAAAAAUUUCUGCUUUUAUUUAUGUGUAAAGUAAUGUAACAAGCCCAGGAGAAUAGAUAUUAGGCGUUUUCACUGCAUUUGUGGAAGCCAUUUCUCUGAGUAGGCUAUAUUUGUAGAUGAAUUUUAAAAAGGCUCACUGGAAAAUCAAGAAUGCAGUAAAAUUGUGGCUUUUUGUUUUUCUAGCUUCAUGAGGCUGAUGAAAUCUGUAAUGGUAUCUGGUUCCCAUUAGCUCUGAGAAGGUGGGCGGCUUUUAAAAGAAGAAAUGAGAAGUGGGGGAAAGAACGAUGAGAUAAAGAUGUAGGAGAAAGGGGAAGGAGGAGGAAAGAGAACACAUUCAUCCUGUCCAAACUUUUCUUAAAGUGACAGUACUUGGAUAGGGAACAGUGAGCAGUAUUAAAAAAAGAGUGAAGAUCCCAGUAUUACAGUUCCUUCCAUUCACCAUUUUCAAGAGAGGUUCUCUGUGCUUUUCUUCUGAAAAUAUGUCUAGGUGUACAUAGUGUUCUUCUGUUUUACCUCAUUGAUGGACUUUCAGAAAUUCCUUUAGGAGUUCGUAAAAGAUAUUCAAUAAAAAUUGUGCAUUUCCUUUCUGUUUACUAUAUCUGUGUCUCUGCACUUUUAACCCAACUAUCGUUAUAAUAAUUAGGCACCCUAUUGCAUUCACUCUUCUCUUGUUUCAUUUACUGUCAUCCAGGAGCAUGUUCUCAGUUUCUUCUACUGGUUCGUUUAUUGUGGAAGUACUUGUGUGAAACAUGGGUUCUGCAGCUUUCUCUGACCAUGGCAACACAUGGGCUAGCUGAGGCCAGCCUUUCACUGAAGAAGUUCUGUUUCCAAAUUACUUGGCUCUUACACCAGCGGCACAAGACAGCUAGUUGAGGAGGUUUACUAUCCAAGGGCCUGACCUAAAGCUUACUGAAAUCAAUGGCAAAAAUCUCACUCACUUAAUUGGCCUAAAAGUGCUGAUGCUGCCUGAUCCUACUUAGUUUGUGUGAGCUGGAAAGAGCACAGAACAAGGUGGCUACUGCUGUGCAUUAUUAUGUUCUUCCUAUCUUAGUUCCUGCUGCAGCUUUAAUGAGAUAACAGUACUCUUAAGGCCAUCUUUACGCACAAACCUGACCGGUGGCCAAUCUCUAGGACAAUACUUUUUCAAAAAGUCAUGAUUAAACAGUCAAGAUUUACCAAAAAUUUCAUAGGGGUGUCGAGUGGGUCUUUUGUAUUCUCAGUAUAGGAAAAAAACCCUGUUAUGUCCAAUACUAAUGUGGUAAGUGUUUGUAAGUGCUGACUUUUUAAUGGUGAUCAUACCACAUCCCAUAAAUGAGGGACAAGGGAGCUUCAGGAAUUAACUGCAUAUGUAAUAUAAUGUGAAAAUAGAGUACAAGAAAUCCAGAAAAGCAGAUGCUAAUAUUCUUGUUCUGCCAGUUGCUAGUCAGAAUAGGUGUUUGGCUACGAGACUCUAAUAAAGUAACUAUAGCAGCAAAACUCAGUGACAUUUGGAUAAUAGUUCUCAAAGAAAACCAUAAAAUUGAAAUUAAAUAUCUCAUGGAAAUGUAUGCAUGCUCCCUGGAAGUUCUGGAAGUAUAACUUUUAACUCUGCAGGUACCGGUAGUAGAAUCUA